GUCGCGUCGUGACCCUGAAAAGUCCAACCACCACCACGCAGCGCGUCGCGGUCGCGUAAUUUGGCUCUGGAAUUGACUCCAGCAGCAAUGACUAUCUGUGAAGGGCUGCCGUACAAAAGUCUCAGUGACCAUCAUUCUCGCUACUUUUCUCUCUUGUCAGAGCUCUGUUUGACAAAUGAUAACCCCUCUCCCUCUACCAAGGCCCUCAUUCGCUCUAAUAUCCUCCCAGAGUUGCAUGCUGACGCGUGUCAGCUCGACAAGGAAAUCGAUUACCUACAUGGGCUGCUCGACGCCGUCCAGAAAAACAAAGACGAGAUCACGUCGAUGGAGAGAACCUUUCGGACGCUUCUUUCACCUGUACGCAUCAUGCCAGAUGAGAUCGUGAUGGAGAUUUUCAAGAAUGUCGCUCGCGACUCGGAGGUGAAGAGAGGCGUGGUGAAGGAAGCAGCCUGGACGCUCAGCCAUGUCUGCCGUAGUUGGCGAGCCACAGCCCUGGCGUGUAGAGAACUGUGGACUACCAUCUCCGUACGAAUUGCAGACUAUAAUAUCAAAAAAAGCGACAAACUGCCGGUCUUGUUGCAAACAGUGCUUGAGCGUUCUGGGAACAGGCUGCUCGAUGUUUCGUUUGUACUCGAGUUGUCGCAUAGCGAUGGUAUCAGUGAGGAAGAUGCUCUCACGGACAUGCAAAGGGGCGCCAUCACGACGCUCUUCAACGAAUCUCACCGAUGGCUCAGAGCCAGUUUAUCGAUCCCGUCGGGGGCGGUGGAGGAUCUGCUCGACCCGCAUCCCGCCCUGCCUGCCCUUGUUUCCCUCUGCCUCCAGACAAAACAGCGCUGGGCAACACAAGCAUACGAUGGGCCGGAUAUCAGCCUCUGGUGUCCCCGCCUAACCUCGCUCAGCCUUCUCGGGGUCCCACCGACAAGCGUGACCCUCUGUAAUUCGCUCUCACACAUGUCUGUCCAGCUGUACGAUAACCAGCCGACAUUCUCCCAGGACUAUGCCCUUCGAUACCUCACGUCGCUCGAGCCCGCCGUCCUCCAGACACUGUCUUUCUCCUCCCUGUACCGCCGCGAGUACUGCCUCUCUAUUGGCGAGCCUAUCACAUUCCCCCUUGUGGACACCCUACGGACUUUCAACCCCACCAUCUUGAACAAUGUGGUUCUUCCCGCCCUCCACGACAUUCAUCUCGGGCCUCCAGAGUACGGGCGCGCCACCCCCGGACAUCGGUACAGCACACCCUUACUCCCUGCCCUUGACGACAUGUUGCGCCGCUCGCACUGCUUUCACGGAAUAACGCGUCUCGUGCUCGAGUACGUCAUCCCCGACCAGGUGCUCGUAGACAUGCUCGUAUCUCUUCCCAACCUGGCCCGCCUUGUGUUGUUCUUCGCGGACUCUUGGUCAGCAAAGAUGGAGGCAGGUGUAGCGAUGCUGGUGGGGAUCUUGGACAUAGGAUUUGUGGGACGUUUGGAGGAGCUGGAGAUGCGUAAUAUGUUCGAGGUGAGCUAUCUGGAUGAGCCGCUUGUGCAUAUGGCAGAGUGGAGAUGGAGGUCUUGGAGCGGGGCAGUGAGGCUGCGGAGGUUGAGAUUGGGGGCCGCGGGUUACAGAAAUGCAGGUACGCUAGGUGAAGUGUAUAGGCGGUUACGCAUUCUAAGGGAUGAAGGAAUGGAUGUUGUCAUAUCUACUAUGGGAACGUCGGGGUCAGAAGAAUUCUUGGUUGGAAGUGGUCAAUAAUCACAUUGACAAUGGUACGAGCAGAGGGUCUUGCCAUUGCUAGCCGUAUUUUGUACUCUUGGAUUGUAUUUCUUGGUGUGGAAAUUACGUUGGGCCUGAGUGUAAAGGGGGCAUAUAUAACCGUG